AUGUCUUCCACCACCCCUCUUGGUGCAAAAAGCAAGCUUGCUGGACCCGGUGCCUCGUUGAAAAUCACUCCCUCGAACUCUCCAAUUCUCCGACCUGGCAACCGAUCUCCCAGCAAACCCUCCCACCAAUCCUCCUUAUCCCUCCAAACCGUUAUCGGUACAACCACAACCACCCCCAAUGGCUUCUCGAGCCAUGACAUGAGCAAGAGUUUUGCGCUUUGCGCUGGAUCAGCAGCGGUUCUCGCAGAAUUAGACGAAAAUGACAACAUUACCCAGCGUUUCUUCCGAGCCCGCCCCUCUGCAACCAGUGUGAACCCGUCAACUUCUUUUUACAACCAGUCAACUCCACCAGCAACCCCGGACCCAAGAUCACGAUCGCUUUCCCAUAUACGGUCCAAUCCACACCUCAAUAUACCCAAUGGAUCUCCAUCAAGCGAAGUCGUUGACGCCGGUAGCCCUCGUGGGUGGUCCUCCAGGGAAAGAAUCAAAGCAGUCACGAGUGUCUCGAUCAGCCCCAAUGGAAGAUUCCUUGCAGUUGGAGAGACUGGGUACAACCCUCGAGUUUUAAUAUUUUCGACAGCGAAAGAUGCUUUGCCGGAUAUUCCAUUAUCUAUUCUAAACGAGCACACGUUCGGUGUUCGCGGCUUAGCGUUCAGUCCCGACUCCCAGUAUUUGGCAACGCUCGGCAACCCCAAUGAUGGAUUUCUUUUCAUCUGGACAAUCAACCUCAAGAAUGGAUCGGCCAAGCUACACUCCGCUAACAAAUGCACCGCGUUUAUCAAGGAUAUGUGUUGGGUUGGUCAAAGUCUGGUUACGACUGGUCUACGACAUGUUAAGGUAUGGCGUCUUCCAACGGUGGUGCGACCUAUGUCACCAACUAAGACACGGCUGAACGUCGAGGGAGCUAGCCCUUCGCCCAAUCCUGCCCCGAAAGCACUUUCUGGCAGGAAUUGUCUACUCGGUGCCCUGGGCGACAACACCUUUACUUGCGUGAGCAAUAUCUCUUUUCACGAGGCUGUAAUCGGUACAGACUCUGGCGCAGUUUGUUUUCUCGAUGACCGUGAAGGAUCUCAAAAGAUGACCACAGUGAAGCAACUUGGCUUCGGUAUCACCUCGUUAGCCGUGGAUUUUGACCAGGAAUCAGUUUGGUUAGGUGGGCGCGGAAGGCAAAUGCAACGGGUGCCGUUUGAAGUUCUACGAUCUUCUAGGACGUCGAUUCCGGCGUCUCCUACACGCCUAGAGAAGGGUGCGUCUGACAAGAAAAGCAAGGCACCGGCAAUUACUUGCAUGGGAUCUCUUCACACUCAUCUGGUUACUGUUGAAUCUACCCGUGCGAUUCAUGUCUAUCCGAUUGACACUCUACGCGAUGACGGCGAGCAGGAAGAGGGUGAGGCUUCUAUGCCUGCCCACAGAGAUCCUAUUCUUGGAAUUUGCCGCAUGGAUUUCCCCAACGACUUGUCCGCAGACUUCUUUACCUGGUCUCGCAAUGGUUCCGUGAACUUUUGGGAUGCCCAAGGAAAGUGUCGAGGAUCAAAGAAUAUCGACCUCGACCAGUUUCCAGGAAAUGAUGAGGAUGCAGCAAAUGAACUCAAAAUUUUGCGAACCGCUGAAAAUACGGACUGGUUCGUCUCAGGUGACAAGUUUGGCGUAUUGAGGACUUUUUCGAACACCGACUGGGCUUGCCUCAACCAGGUACGUGCUCAUGGUGGGGAAAUCACAGAUGUGGCUAUUCAAGCAAUGGAUGAUUUCUGGCUCAUAGCUACAUCUGGUCGUGAUCGGAUGGUGCAGCUCUUCGAGAAGCGAGGCACUGAAUUGUACUUGGUUCAAACCAUGGACGAUCACGUCGGGGCUGUUGGACAAUUGAUGUUCAUCAAUGAAGGCGAAAAGUUGCUUUCGUGCUCUGCUGACCGCACUGUUGUCAUAAGAGACCGAGCGACGCGCGAAAUGGAUGAUGGUACAUCUGUUGCCUAUCUCAUCUCCAGAGUCAUCACUCAAAAAGCGUCCCCCGUGUCCAUGGCAUUGUGUCCAGACGACUCGAACAUACUAUACCUUUCUACCAUGGACCGUUGUGUUUCGAAAUUUGACAUCCUCUCUGGGCGCCAUCUUCACUGUUUCAAAGCAUCUGAUUCGGAGACAACUGAUGCGGUAGUCUUGGGUUCAUUGACCGUCGCACCCGAGAUCUCAGGUCAAACACCGAAGAUUCUCAUAGGUGUCUCGAGCACCGACAAAUCUAUACGUAUAUAUGACCUGGAGCGAGAUCAGCUCCUCACUGGCGAGUUUGGUCAUACAGAAGGUGUGACUGAUGUGUUACUUCUAGAGAAACGUGAUACCUCGGAUGGCUCUCAAAUCAAGCGCACUGUAGUCACUGCUGGCAUGGAUGGCAUUCUGAUGAUAUGGAACUUGUCAGUCCAGCAGCAUGUCUCCUCAGACCCCACCGGACGUGAUGACGAUGAAACCCCUGCAAAGGAAAUGACCGCAGCCAGACCUCCUCUCCGGAAAGUUCUUUCUCGCAGCGAGCUUGCUGGGUUUCAGCGUCCAGAUAGUCCCAAUCCCCUAACACCAACCCCUGUCCGAGCGCACUCUCCAACCCUACCCCGCAAGAUGUCACGACUAUCUUUGGCACCAUCAUCACUAAAGAACCAUGCCCGCUCAGAAAUAUACUCGCCCCCCAACCGCACGUCUCCAACACUAGGUACACCUCAUGAUCAAAGACGGCGGUCCCCAUCACCCAUGAGCCCCAAAUCGAAAAUCUCAACAUCCAGAAAACCAGCCAGCACAAGGACCACCAAUCGCCGCACAUCCCACGAUUUCCGCAACCGUGGCAAACCAACACCACGCACGGAGUUCGGAGGCCUGGACAUGUCUACCGAGCAGCUGUGCCGCAGUCUCCGCGCCUACCGCAAGAAACUCCACACCUCAAAACAAUGCCCCCAGGCCCAAAAGGAGCUCGAGCGCGAGCUCAGUCUCACACUCCGCAUUGUGAGUGAUCGCGGACAGAGUAGCGAUGAGAGUGGCGAGACAGAGACGGAUAGCAGCGGUAGAGAUAUGGAGGGGCAGCGAAAACAAAGCAUCUCGUCUAACUCCAAGUCGCCUCGCGCUCCCCAACGUAUGCCCUCCACCCCCUCUUUACGAGAAAAGGGCAUGCGGCAAGUUUCGCGGAGCCGCUCCUGCGAUGCAACUCGAGACGAAUAA